AUGGCGGCCGCGGGGCCGCCGCUGAGCUGGGAUAUUACACCAAAAAAUGGCAAAGAAGUAUUUUUCUCACAUGAACUUUAUGACAAAUAUUCCCUGUCUCCAAGCCUGUCUGAACUGUGGCAUUUAUCGAGAAGAGAGGCAAAGAAAAAUGUGGAAGCCCUGGGAAGCUCUUCAGAAAACAGGCAGCCUUGUGACGUGCAGGCCACAGAGUCAGCUGAGGCCAAAGGCACAAGUGAUGGUCAUCCUUUUCCAGAACCCAGGCUCCCCUAUCCAUUCACCUCUUGUCUGUCUGAGAAGGAGCAGAAAACAUACUUAUAUCUGAUGACUAAGUACUCAAAAAAAAUCAACCAUUUUCAAGUUAAUGCAGCAAGUCAAAGGGAACUGUUCACAUAUUUGCAAAUGAAAGAAGUGGUAAACAAUGAAAUAGCAGAAUUUAUGAAAUUUGCCCAAAACGCUGCGAGAAGCUGUGCCCAGGAUUACGAUGCCAUCUCGGAAGAUGCACUGCGUUAUACUGAGGAAUUGCUCCGUGCCUGUAUUGGACAUGUGCAAAAGUAUCCCGAGUUUUACACGCUCCAGGAGAUCAUGAGUAUCAUGGGAGGGAAGUUCCAGACACAGCUGACCUUCAGGCUGGAAAAAAAUCUUCUUGCAAUGGGUACAGCAAGACGAGGUAAAACAGAUUUCCCUGCCAUGCCCGUUCAGCUGCCCACAGAUUAUGAAACUGUGACAUCUAUUAUAACUCCAGAAAAAAAGGCUCAGAUUAUGCAUAAUGAUAUUAGUUCAGAUUCAAAUGCAGAAAAACUUGCUUUGAAAUACUGUCCUCAAGUUGUUCUAAGUAAUCAAUCAUUAUUUACUUUACUGAAUAAUCAUGGACUAAACUACAAGGAGCAAUGGGAAAUUCCAGUUUGUGUUAAAAUGGUCACUGUUGCAGGUAGCAAACCAGCUAAAGUGGUUUAUGUUGAUUCACCUCUGCUGAGAAAAGAAAUGACAGUAAGAGAGAGGAAUCAAAUCUUCCAUGAAAUUCCAAUGGAUUUCCUAGCAACUAAAACAUCCUAUGUUUCAGUUUCUGAUGUAUGGAUGGACAAACCAGCUGAGGACAAUCUGUUCCAGUGGGAUGUGUCCUCUGAUACCUACCAGUGCAGGAAGAUUCCCCUUCCAGAUGACACAGGGAUGGACUUUGAUGAUGAUGUUACAGAACUGGAAACUUUUGGAGCAUCUGCCAAGCUCUCAAGAACUUCUAAAGUGGAAAGUACUUUUCCUGCAGUUAGUAACACUGCUAAAGUUUUAUCUCAUGGCCUAAACAUGGGGGGGAAAAUUACAUCCACUAUAAACAGUGGAGAUGAAGAAGGGAAAACCCCCCUUUGUGAGCAGGAAGUUUCAGCAUGUGCCAGUUUGCAGCUUCCAUCAUUAGAUGGCAUUCCAGGCUUCAGCCCCGGAGAAAAUUCCCCCGGUGAGUCAGUGGAGACAGGACUGAACAAAGCACGGGGUGCUGGGACCAAGGAAGUAUUGGACAAUGAAACAAACCCAAAUCCUCUGCCUGAUGCAGCCAGUGACAAGGAAGAGUCUGAUGCUGCCCAGAGCCACGAGACUCAGCCUCCCUUCUGCAGCAGUGACACGGAUGAGGAACGUUUGGUCAUUGAUUCAGAGAGUAAAAACACUGACUGGUGCCAAACAACUGCCCCAGCCACUGCAGAGCCUGCAGGAUCUCCUUCUCCCACCCAGAUCCCUUCAGCAGGCGUGGCUGAUGGCUCAGAUUCCAUGGAUCAGGGAAAGAAAGCCUGCAGGAAACCCACCAGGAAGUUGUCCAAAGAGCUGGAUCCUGUGGGACAGAUUCUGAAAAUGCAAACAGAGCUUCUCAAGUCACCUUCCCAAAAAGCUCCCGAGCCAGUGGGGAGCUGUGACAAUCCUAAUGCUGUGCCAGCCCAGGGCCCUCUGUCCCCAAAACCACUGGUGACCUCCAGCACAGAAGCUGGGCCAGCCCCUGCCUCCAAUCCCAGCAGGAACACCUGGACUUGGCUCUUUGAGGGAGUGCCAAAGAGAAAGCUGCCAAGUGAACUCGAGCUGCUUGAAGAAGCCCCCUCAGAGUACAGAGCCCCUCAGGAGGGCAACGUGGUGUACAAGCUGUUCAGUCUGGGGGAGCUGCUGCUCCUGGUGCGCUGCACUGUCCAGAAAGUGAGGUCACUGCCACGGUACCACAAAAAGAAAAAAACCCAAAAGCUUACUCCCAUAUUCCUGCUGCCCAAACUAGAAUACCAGGCCUAUUACGGUGUGGAAGCUCUGACAGAAAGUGAAGUGUGUCAGUUGUGGACAGAGAGUUUGUUGCAUUCUGAAUGUUUAUUUUAUAUUGGACAUAUAGAUGUUUUCACAUCAAAGCUUAUUAUGCUAGAAAAGAUUUCUCCAGAAACUUUAAGGGAAAAACUUGGAUUGAUCAAGCCUGCAAAUUCAUUAAAUAUACUUCAUCACAUUUUGAAGAAAGUGUCUGAUCUGCAGGAGGGCUCUUAUUUAUUGUCUCAUGCUGCAGGAGAUUCCUCCGUUUCAAUUUACAAGAGUUCCCUUGACAAGAGCACGAGAUCAUCCUAUAACUUACACAAGGCUCACUGUGACCUGCCUGCUGUCCCUGCCACUCUGUCCGUGCCGUGGGUGCCCCUGGAUCCCAGCCUUCCUUUGCCCUACCACAUCAGCCAUGGCAGAGUGCCCUGCACCUUCCCACCCGCCCCCCAGGGAGGCUGGAAGCACAGGAUGUCUGGGGCAAAAGGACAGUGGAACACACCCUGUGAGGGACAGCCAGGAGCUGUGGAGACAAAAGGCAAGCCAGCAAAGCCUGUGAGAAAUGAAGGUGUGGCUCCAAAGAAGCUGGGGAAGAAUUUCUGCAAGCAAAGAAAAAUGAAGAAAAGAUGGAACACUAAGUACAACAAAAUGCAACUGAAGUAGGAAUGGAGAAGAACAAGAGGCAACAACAAAUCUGGGGCUUUCUUACAUCUUCAGAGGAGGCAGAACAAGCUGGCAGGGAGAUGGCUCCUUGGCUGGAGCAUUUCCUAAACCUUUAACCCCUUCAUACCUCAGUGGAAGUGUUUCAAGGGAAAAUCCCAAAUUCAGUCAGAGGAAAAAGCAAGUGGCCCCUUGGCUGGUUACAGGGGAAAAGUGUCUUCUCUCGGUCUUGGGGUUUUUGCACAACUCCAUCAUGAAGAAUGAAGCAGUGGGUGACAAUACUAUGAUUCCACAUAACAACCAGAAAUAUAACUUUGCAGUUUUCUGAAUUCUUCCAGAAUCGCUACAGAUUUUUAUUCUGGCAUAUUUUAGAGCUACAUUUUACUUUGUGUAUUGUGCAUAAGGAGAACAACUUCAAGAUCAUUAUCGAGCCUUUUUGACACGUGGUGUCUCCCAGCUCUUAAAUAACUUAAAUGUUUUCUCUUUAGGUUGGGGUAACAAAUGAGGCUUGGGGAACAAAAGCUGUGUGUAUUUGAAUAGCACGUGCCAGAAAUUGGCACUGGGAAACACACAGCUAAACCACUACAUUUUGCACAGCUAAAGAAAUUAAAUCUCUUUUAUGCUCCCCCAGAACAAUUUCCAAGAGUUGUUUGGGUUCUGGUGUGUCCAGAAAUGACUGUUGCACUUCCUUACUGUGUUUCUGAAUGGCUGCAGCCUGAAUGUCCUGUCAGAUCCCUUGGAGAGGCAGCAGUGCUUACCUGGGGUGGUGAUGUUUGCCUGGAGGAACAAGUGAUGGGAUCAAGGCCUUAGUCAUGUUCCAAAACCCUUCAGACUCUGCUGUGCAUCAGCAGUUUGAGUGAUGUUUGGAGCCCCUGCAGUGAGGAAAGGAGUUCCUUGCUGUCUAGGAAAAGGCCAAGCAGUGUGAUGUGGUUUCCUGGAGCACGGGAGUUGUGUGGGAAAUUAAAGUUGUUUGGAAUGUU